UUUUGUUUUGGAUUGAUUCGUCACUUUUCGAGAACGUUUAGCAGCAUCCAGAUCAUCCAGAUUCGCCAAAUUCGUCAGAUUUUUUUGAAAUAAUCCAAGUAGUUUCGACUCCAUUCCACCAUAACAAUGUUGGAAAUUACCUGCAACGAUCGGUUGGGCAAGAAGGUGCGCGUGAAAUGCAACCCGGACGACACGAUCGGAGACCUGAAGAAGCUGAUUGCCGCACAAACCGGAACCCGGUACGAUAAGAUUGUGCUGAAGAAGUGGUACACGAUCUUCAAGGAUAACAUCAAGCUAUCGGAUUAUGAAAUUCACGACGGAAUGAAUUUGGAGCUGUAUUACCAAUAAACGGAUGAAAGGAAAUGGAAUAAUCUAUAUAUUUUUUUAUAUUAACUGAUAAUGUUAAGAUUUGCUUCUGUACAAUUAAACUUUGUGUUCUAGAAAAGAAUAUACAGAACUUACGGAAA